UGACGACGUAGAUGACGUGCAGCAACGACGUGGCGGCUCAAGUGGCUUCCACCCGCUCCUUUUCAAUAUCACUCUCAAGUCACAAACAGCAAUGGCGGCAAGAACAGCUCUCAACGCAUCACAGUCGGCCAACAAGGACAACAACAACAACAACCUCUCUCAACAGCUUGCAAAGCUGCAGGCAAAGUUCGGCGACUGCGACGCGCAGCGAAUCGCCAAUGCGAGAAAGCUCGGUGAUGUAGAGACAGAACUGCGGCUCAGCCAUCAGCGAGAGGCGAAACUCAAGGCCAGUCUGGAUAAGGUCAGAGACAGCGCUCCACAGCAAUCGAAUCGAGAGCUGGCUUCCAAGCUGCAAGAGCUCACGCGACUUCACCAAGAGGCAAAGGAGAAGCAUCGAAGCGCCAUGGCAAAGAUGGAAAGGGAGAACGAUGAGGAGCUGAAGGGGAUGCGAAAGCAGUUGGAGCGUGCGCAAAGGCAGCUGGAGGAGCAAGAGCAGGCAAAAGAGGAGGCAGAAGAGCGGGCAGAGCUCGUGGCAGCCCAGCUACGGGCGACAACACGAGCUGCGCAGGAGAUCGGAGAGCGUCUCGCUCAUGUCGACGAGGAGAAGCGCGAUCUGGCGUUUGAGCUGCAGCUGCAGCGUGUACGACAAGUCAGGAGCAGCAGCCAGAAAGAAGACGACUCGAGGGCUCUGCUUCUCGAACGCAUCGAAGAGCUCGAGCAGCAGGCGGCGAGGGACGCCCAGCUUCUCGAAGCGAGCGAGAGCGCGAUGCUGCGCUUGCUCAAGGAUCAAGAUGCCGGUGAAGAGUCGGCCACCAUCUCACUCGACGUCGAGGCAACGCCAAGCAAUCUCGAGUGCAUCAACGCCGACCUGCAAGCCGCUCUCGACCUCAACUCUGCCCGCCUCACCCAGACCCAGCAGGACCUCUCUGCGCUGCACGCCUCUUACCUCUCACUCCUCUCCUCCUCAAAACAACACGAAAGCCUCAUCGCCCGCAUCACGACGCUGGAGCACUCCGGCAAAUGCACGCAGGAAGAGCACGCAGCCGCCCUCGCCAACCUCGCAGAAACGCAGCAGCGUCUACAAUCCUCACGCAACGACGGCUCUGCGCUGCGUUCUCAACUCGCAGAGCUGCGCACGACACAGCGACAGCAGCUCGAAGCAACUAAAGCCUCGCAGCAAGAAGUCGCCCUCACUCGUACACGAUUGGCGCACCUCGAGGAGACCAAUGCUGACCUUCUCGCAGCACUGCAGCAUGCGGUCCCCUACGAGGAGAGAUACCACUCUGUCCUCUCGCAGGCAAAGAUGACCGUCGCGCGCUUGCAGGCUUGCGAGGAGCAGCUGGCUAGCUUAGCGGAGGAGAAUCUGGCCCUGGCUAGUCAUGAGAAUCCGGCGCAAAAGAUCUUGUAUCUGGACGGCGUCAGGCGCGAGCUCUUGGAGGCAAAGGCGAGAGUGGGGGAGCUGGAGUGUGAAGUGCAGGAGGAGAAGCGACGCAGGCAGGGUGUAGAGGGAGAAUUGAGCGCGCUCAAAGGGCUGGGGUCGAGCGGAGGGGCAGGGCAGUCUCUCUCUGCUUCUAUUGGUGGCGGAGGGAGGGUAAGGAGGGUGGCAGCGGCGUAAAGCACCGCUCAACGAUACCGGCCCCUCGACCUUGUAAUGAUACCCGAUCAGUCACCCGUGUCAUCUAUGCAUUCAUUCCUUCUUGCUACUCGAUUCCAUCU